UUGGGCGGUGUGCACGUGCAUGUCCGCGAUGGGGCGCGCACGUCACGACACUGAAUCUCAGUCAGAUGUAGGGUAGCGGGACAGCCACGCAAUAUUACCUACCAGAAGCAGGGUUAGGUUCACCCCAGUUUACCACCAAGUGGGGAGGACUUUAGCCCUGUGAGGAGGCCUAGUUGGGUGGGUGGCAUGAUGAGUGGGAAGAACCUGCUGCUCAAGGUAAUCCUACUGGGAGAUGGUGGAGUGGGCAAGUCCUCCUUGAUGAACCGCUAUGUCACAGACCGGUUUGACUCCCAGUCUUUCCACACCAUCGGCGUGGAGUUCCUUAAUCGGGACUUGGAAGUGGAUGGACGCCUUGUCACUCUUCAAAUAUGGGACACAGCCGGUCAGGAGCGCUUCAAGUCACUACGUACACCUUUCUACCGAGGCGCCGACUGCUGCCUGCUCACAUUUGCCGUGAACAACCUGCAGAGCUUUCAGAACCUGGGCAGCUGGAAGAAGGAGUUCAUGUACUACUCUGACGUCAAAGACCCCGAGCGGUUCCCUUUUGUGGUACUGGGCAACAAGAUAGACAUGGAGCAGAGGGAGGUUGGGGAGGAUGAAGCGCGGGCCUGGUGUGAAGAGAACGGCUGCUGCCCUUACUUUGAGACCAGUGCUAAAGAUGACACUAAUGUCACCGCUGCGUUUGAGGCAGCUGUCAGGGAGGUUCUGGCUGCUGAGGACCAGAUUGAUCAUGCGCUCUUGAGUAGUACUAUUGAUCUCCAUGGAAACCGCAAAACCUCCCGAAGAUCUUGUUGCUGAUUGGUGUGAAUCCACCCUGUUUUAAUCCCUCUGGCUGAAACUUGCCUGUGGUAGUUUUAAGAGCCAGUCAUAUAUUGUUUAUGGUACGUGUACUGUUGGUACAAGGUACUGAGUGCAGUAUUCCCUGAAGAUAAUAUGAAUAGGAUACACCUGCUCUGAGGAGGCGUAUCAAGGAUUUAGCUGGUUUCUAGAAUGUUGAAUUAUUGCUCCUACAAAGGUACCGGCACACUUACAAGCUGUGCUGCCAGUAGUAUGGUACAAACCAUUGUUUCCAGCUUGUGCAGGGACUAUAGCAUCUAGUGCAUUUAAGGGAUUAACUUUAAUCAAAAUAAUAUAAUUUGGAAUUAAUGCAUUUGAACAAAGAAUAUACCAAUCCACCUUUGAAGAGCACUCCUUUUUUUGCUCUGUAAAGCUGUGUUUCCACCAUAGGAACUUUCCUAAGGGACUAGGAGCCUUUGAAAGGACUCUGUAUGUUUCCAUCAAAGGGACAAAGGUCUAAAGAUUAAAUUCUCUGGGAAAUGUUUACCUCCAAAAAGCUCUUGUUUGUGCAACAGUGUUUUCCCUUGGUUUAGGAACAGUGGUAAUAAUGUUUGCAGCACUAAACUUGUAGCAUUCAGCCAGUCCAUCUUAGUCAUCUUACUUCAAGUUGUUGCAGUUGCUUAUUUUGCUUACUUUAAGGCUUAUAUCAGAGAUUACUGUUGUUAAGCACAAUACUCAGAUUUGGUUCGUCUGCCUGGUUUUUCUAAAAAAAAAUAUAUGAAGAGAGCAGUUGUGGUUGAGUAAGCUAGAGAGUGCAGUGUUUUGCUCAGAAUUGGAUUGUAAUUGUGGUGGUACCAGGGGUGCCUUUGUAAAUGUGCCCAGAAAUUACGUACACCCACACAUUUUUAAAUGAAAUUAAAUAGCGUCUCAUAUAAUGUGCCCCUCUGACUCUUUUAAUUUUCAAAUAUUUUGGGAGAAAUAAAUAACGGAUAUAUUCAGCUAUCUGUCCACUAGAUGGGUACUACCAGACACCCCACAAUAUAUUAUUAUUACAGUAUUUUACU